AUGUCACGUUUACGACGUACCACAACGCCGUCUAGCAACGAUCGUGGUUCAAGGCACAUCUCCCUACGGUCCAGUAAUGUGCCAUAUGCUGAAUAUGAUCUCAUAUCAAGUUUGGAUCGAAUUCAAGAGUUGAUGCGUGUCCUUGAUCGGUUGUUGCCAUCCCCUGAGGUGCUCCGAACUCGUUCGGAGAAGGAUCGUAAACGUUUCGAAUUACUCGGUUCCGUGAUCGAUAGGCUUCGCAUAGUGGAGGCAGACAUGCGCACGAUACUUUCUGAGGGUGGACUCGACAAGGAAUCAUUGCAAAAUAUUUGUGGUGAUGAAACUUGUCUUCAGUUGGCUACACGGCCUUGCGACGCAGGCGUAGGUUAG